AUGACUGUGCUCACUCGUGCCGCAGCCCUCAAUCUGCCAAACUGGUACCUUGCUGGCGGCGCAGUGUCGCAGACAAUCUGGAACACCGUUUCAAAGCUCCCACCGGAGACAGGGAUCCUCGACUACGAUCUCGUCUAUUAUGAAAAUUCCGACUUGUCGUACGAGGCGGAAGACCUAGCCAUUCAGGCCGGGAAGCGUUACUUUGCCGAUGUGCCUGUCGAGGUGGAAAUCCGAAACCAGGCACGUGUUCAUCUAUGGUAUGAACAGAAGUACGGUGUCACGUGUGAGCCACAUGCAAGCGUUGAGGCCGGAAUCGACACGUGGAUAUCAACAAGUGCCAUGCUAGGGGUGAGAAUAGACGAGGCGGGCGAGUGGAUCGUGUACGCCCCUCGUGGGCUGUCCGACUUUUUCAACAUGGUGGUGAGGCCUAAUCCGGUCUUGGGGACGAGAGAAGCAUAUGACAAGAAGGUCAACCGAUGGACGACAAUCUGGCCAAAGCUUGUAGCCGAGCCUUGGCCGGUGGAAACCUGGCAGGUUCCCUAG